UGACGUCAGAGACCGACGACACGGGACAGGAAGAGGCGCAGUUCAAAAAACAGGACCAACAAAACAAAAUGGCUGCGGUUACAGAUCACGGGCUGAAAACAGUAGUUUGGAAAAGAAUAAAAGAGACAAUUAUUGCAGACUGCAGGAAAUCUGAAGUAUGGAAGAUAUUGAUUCUGGACCCUUUCACCACCAAGCUUCUCUCAUCAUGUUGCAAAAUGUCCGAUCUCAUAUCAGAGAAAAUAACAAUUGUAGAGGACCUGUACAAAAUCAGAGAGCCUGUUCUAGAAAUGAAGGCUAUCUACUUCAUAUCACCAACCGCUAAGUGUGUGGACGCCUUUAUUCGGGACUUCAAGCAAAAACCCAAAUAUAAAGCAGCAUAUGUUUAUUUUACUGACUAUUGUCCAGAUGACCUGUUCAACAAUAUGAAGCUAUGCUGUGGAAAGUACAUACGAGUCUGUAAGGAAAUCAACAUAUCCUUCAUGCCACAGGAGGCACAAGUGUUCACAUGUGAUAAUCCGGAGGCGUUCCAAUGCAUCUACGGUCCCAGCACUCAGGACAGAAAGAAGACACUAGAGACACUGGCAGAUCAGCUCGUCACUCUCUGUGCUACGUUGGACGAGUAUCCAGGGGUCAGAUACAAGAAAGAUGGCAACAUGGAGAACGCCAAGAUGCUUGCAGAGCUGUUGGAUAACAAGCUGGGUAGGCACUAUGAGCUGGAUGACAGUGGCAAGAAAAAGGGAAAGACUCAGGCACAGCUGCUGAUCCUGGAAAGAGGUUUUGACCCCGUCAGCCCCAUCCUGCAUGAGCUGACCUACCAGGCCAUGGCUUAUGACCUCAUUGAUAUCCAAGAUGACACCUACCAGUACAAGUCUAAAGAUGGCUCAGAGAAGCAGGCCCUGCUGAAUGAGGAUGACCAGCUCUGGGUCAAGCUCAGGCAUAAGCACAUUGCUGAGGUUUCAGAACAAAUCCCCAAGUUGCUAAAGGAAAUAUCUGCUAACAAGAAACAGCCAGAUGGAAAGAUCACAAUUAGCAAUUUGGCUCAAAUGAUGAAGAAGAUGCCCUCAUUCCGUAAACAGGUGACUGAGAAAACUAUUCAUCUGCAGUUGGCUGAGGACUGCAUGCAAAAGUUUUCAAACCUGGAGAAGCUCUGCAAAGCUGAACAGGACCUUGCAGUGGGGUCAGAUGUGGACGGGGUGAAGGUGAAAGAUCCCAUGAGGACCCUGCUACCUGUGCUACUCCACCCUUUCAGCACCCACGACAAGAUCAGAGCAGUGCUCCUCUAUAUCUUUAGCCUGAAUGGAACAACAGACGAGAACUUAAGCAAACUCAUCCAGCAUGUAAAGAUCGAGGAUGAACGAGAAUUUAUCCUGAACUGGAAACAACUGGGGGUCCCUAUCAUCACAGGGGCUAGUAGCUCCUCUCGCAAACCAAACAGACGGGAUCGGUCCCAGGUGCAGACAUACAACCUUUCCAGAUGGACUCCUAUUAUAAAAGAUGUGAUGGAGGAUGCUGUGGAGAACAAACUGGACACCAAAGAAUGGCCACACCAGUCUGAGUGUCCUGCUGCCUGGAAUGGCUCGGGGGCAGUCAGUGCCCGUCAGAAGCACAAACCCAGUGCUCAGGACGAACGCCGAACUGGCUCACGCCUCAUCAUCUUUAUUAUAGGAGGCAUCAGCUUCUCUGAGAUGCGCUGUGCCUAUGAGGUCACCCAGGCAGUCAAAUCCUGUGAGGUCAUCGUAGGGUCCUCCCACAUUUUCACUCCCACCAGUCUCCUGAAUGACAUCAAGGCCCUGGGCAAAGGCCCCAUGGAGACUUUUACCAUAGAGGAAAGGAGCAAUGCCUAAAAGGUCUAUUGAUACAACUAACAGCCUCCACAAACUUCACUGCCUCCCUACAUCUCAUAUCAGUCAGUACAGUGCACUCAGCUCAGCUUCCUGAAUGUAAGAUGGAAGGGAAUUUACCUUGUAUUCAUUAUUAUGUUUUCAGUUCUUUCAAUCCUGGUGCACAUUUACUGUAGGUAUAAGGCCAAGUGGUCAUUUAAGCAGAUUUUCUUAAUCAGAUGCCAUAAGGAUAUGGCCUGCUUAUGGCAUUAAUUGCUUAAUAUUGACAGUUGAUGGUAUACACCAUAGUAAAGGUGUGAAUUCUUCUCAUUAUACUAAAAACUAUUUUAGGUAAUAACUGUCUAACCUUGGCUAUCUGUGUUCAUCUUUGUCCAUAAAAUUAGUGGUAAUGCUACAUGUUUGAAAGACCUUUGAAAAGCUUUCAGAGACAGAAUGGUGGUGAACAGUAGCACAUAGCUAAUGUAUAUACUGUAUGUAAGCACUGAGUCCCUGCUUUGCCAUUUUGACUUAUUUGGUCAUUGCUGUUUAUAAACUCAAUGUCAUUUUGAAGAGUGUUUUAACAUGGUGGAUUUACUUUUUCUGGAGCAAAUUGAACAACUGACUAAUAAAUGGAUGAAGUGG